ACAAACACACAAAGCAAAGCAAACGUAAACGUAAACUUUAAAAAAUGCAUCUCCCAAGCCUCAAGUUUUAACAAGUCUGCUGAUCAUACACAUCCAAUCCAAUCGAGAAGGUAUGGCACACCAAGGACAAUCAUCACAUGGCAAAGAGGGAACUAAAGUACAAUGGAACGAGAGCAGGGUUCAUAUAUUUCUUGAAAUAUAUGAAAAUGAAAUGGAAAAACUAAAUUGGCGUACCGGUCCUUUGAAAAAAGAAAGUAAAAUGAGAAUUAGAAACGAAUUUCGUGAAGCAACAGGUCAAAAUCCAGAAUGGCUUCCGUUGAAAAAUAAAUUUUAUUCUAUAAAAAAAUUGUAUGACAUAUAUCGUCGAUUGGGCCGUAUGACUGGGGUUUCAUUUCACGAGACCACAAAAGCUAUUCAAAUGGAUGAUGAAUGGUGGAAUGAUCGUAUUCAGGAAAUACCUGAUGCUGCAAAGCUUCGAGCACACCCCCUCACUGAUCUCGACAUAUUGGAUCGACUUUUUGGAGGCAAACACAUUUCAACCGAUGAUGGAUAUUAUCCAGGUUCUGGAGUGGAUCAGAAUACCGAGUCUAAGACGGCUACCGAGAAUGAACAGGAUACUGUGAAUCUAGAAGAUGAUUCUGAUGUGCCUUCAAGAAACCAAAACCAAACACCGUCUUCCCACAACCAGAGUUCCAAACGGGUGUACGGAAACACUUCACGUAGUUCAUCUUCAGCACGUAAGCGAGGAACAACAAAGGCUUCAUUUGACUUCGUGACGAAUGAAGCCUACAUGAAACGAACAGAACUUUACGAACGAGCCCAAGAUAACAAGCUUGAACGUGCAAUUGCCUCAUUACAAACACUCACAGGUCUUCAAUAUGACUCUUCGUUGUAUUGGGGAGCAGUGACUGUGCUCCAAAGUAAUGAGACACAUGCACGUGUUUAUCUUACACUACCCGACGAUGAUGCUAGAAUUAAGUAUCUCGAAAGAAUGACAGGAAUCAACCGAGAAGCUGAAUAAAAAAUUUAAAAAUCUUGAAUAAUUUUCUUUUCUCGUAUUUUAAUCCAUGUUUGAUUUUGAAUAACUUUUUUGUUUUUUUUUUAAUCUUUAUUUAUCAAAUAAUUUUUAUUUAUUUUAAUAAAUUACUUUUUGUU